AUGGAUCGAUCUGCGAAACCACGAACCCGGCGACUCUCCACGACUAGAACAACGGCGCACGCGGUCGAAGCGUGGCUGGCACGUGCCAUGCUCCUCCUGGUAGUCGGUGUCUCCGUCGAUCGCGCCUCGUCGUGCGAACCGUCGUCCCUUCCAGGCUUCGCAAAUUCCGUAGAUCUGUCGGGAAACGGUCUGUUUCUGCACUGGACUCUCAACGCCUCGCGCCUGCAGUUCGCGCUAGAAGCCAAACCCGCCAGUGGGGCCGAGUCCGGUUGGUUCUCCGUCGGCUGGGCGGCAAACCACGGCCGUAUGUACCCCGCGGAUUGCGUGAUCGGAAACCUUCGGGGAAGCAGCGUGGGCGCGUACUACAUCAGCGGGUACAGCCAGUCUGACGUGGCGCCUUCUGAUGGGUUCUCGAUUGGGACGCCUGAGUUGACAGCUGGAAGUAACGGCGGCAAAAUUAUGAAGUUCUCUCGAUCAGAAGGGGACGGAGGGGCAGUACCAGUCAGUUUCAAUGGCAGCAACAGCCUCAACUGGGCUUUCUCUGACUCUGGAUCAACUGAGCUGGCCUUCCAUGGCAACAAUGCAGGUUCGAUGAAUGUAGACUUCACGUGUCAGUCUGCACCUGCUGGCAGCAGAAGUUCUAAUGAUGAUGAUGAGGAUGAGGAUGAUGAUGAUGAUGAGAAUGAUGACAAUAGUGAUGAUGACGAGGAGGAGGAGGAGGAGGAGGAGGAGGAGGAGGAGGAGGAGGAGGAGGAGGAGGAGGAGGAGGAGGAGGAGGAGGAGGAGGAGGAGGAGGAGGAGGAUGAGGAGAAAGGGGGUGAGGAAGAGGAGGAAGAGGAUGAUGAUGAGGAGGAGAAGAAGGGAGAGGAAGAGGAGGAUUAG